CCUAGGACAUUAGUCAUUGACAAGUUGAGGUCGUAACAAGCCGAACUGACCGAAUUUGGCCAUGUAUCCGAAAUUGAACAAGAAAAUGGGGCUGAUCGGGGCCAUUUGUUUGACUGUUUGGGGUCUGUUUAUCCUCGGCAUGCAGUUGUACGUGUUUGGCUAUUACAGCCAAGUGUACGGCGAAGGGACGGACAGCACGAGCUGGAGCAAUGCCUACACCGGAAUGGCCCUGGCCAACAGCGCUGCCUCUUUGUUCUUUGGCAUUUUUUACAUCGUCGCCUUCACCGAAGAGACAACUACCAAAAUGCUUUUAUGGGGGAUGAUAUUGGCCGUCGUGGGAGCAGGUGCGGCUGCAGCGUCUACCGUUCUGACGGCCCUGGAAGCCGAUUGGCUCAACACGCCCGUCAACACGGACUCGCAACAUCCGUGCAGCGCAUCAUCCGAUUCGCAAACAAACACAUCAGUGCCCACGCCUCUCAUUUGCACCAAUUGGCUGGCCCUGGAAGUGACCGUGUCCGUCUUGAGCGGACUGGCAUUUGGCGAGUACAUUUUCAUCGGCUGCGUGAUCUUUAUGGGCCUCUCGGGUGGCAAACAUGCCGACAAACACGAGCAUCACGUGACACCGUAUCACUCACCGGCCAUGGAGCCGCAACAGCCCAUCGUGCGCAUCAACAACAACAACAAGCCGCAAGUGAAGGGAGAGGACGGGCCGUACAGCGCCUACAACAACAACUUGCCCAGCAAGCCGAGAUCGCCCGAGCCUAGCCGACAUUCGUACCAGGAUUUGAAUCCGCAGUACAGCUAUCACUUGCAGCAAUUGUCGUUGCAACAGCAAAUGGCCCAGCAGGCGGCCGUCAAACCAUCGCCAAAGACAUCGCCCACUUUGCAAUACCGCCCGCCUCAACGCGUCGCUCCCGAAGUGCCUCUGCACAGCCAAACGAAUCGAGGACGAUUGCAAGUGCUGCACAAUCAAAGGCAACGCGCUCCAGCUCCGCCCGUCCCGUCCAAACCAUCCACCAACAACAGCAGCCUUUAUCGCUAUUAAAAUUUCUUUCCCCCUAUUGAUUUUUGGACAGAAAAUAAAAAUCGUUUUUGUCAUCA